UAAAAAAUGUCAAAAAUUGUGAUAUACACGAAAAUUGUUCAAUUUUAAUGAUUUUAAAUGAAUUUAAUUAACGAUUAAUGCAGUUAAACUGAUUAAAAUGUUGUAAAAGUGCAACGAAAAUCUAUCUUAGAAAUGCUAUUGUGAUAAUGUCUCACCUAAUAGUUCAUCAUCACAGUGUUAGUAUUGCUGAAAAGUUUGACCAUCGUUGUAUUUUAUGCCAGUGAUACAUACUUGCGAAGAAGUUUUCAAAUUGAAGAAUGUCUUAACACUGUUCCUAAAAUCAGACCGUUUUCUAAAUGAAAUGCCAUGUAGGCGUAUAGUUUUUCGAUUCUUCUCAAGAUUGGAAAUUUUCACCUUCUCCUAUACCUAUAGUAUAAUCUUCAUAAUGGCCGAUGGUUCGAAAAACAACGAAGAAAAUUCAUUUUGGAAGAAGCAUAUUAGAACUAUACCCGGUAGACCCAGUCCGAAGAAGGUUUUAACCUCAUCGUACAGUAAUUCGUCGUCAACUAGUUUUCAAAACUUCAAAAACAGUGUCGACGACGUAUGGGAUUGCGGCGUAGCAGACAAUGAAUUCGCUAACGACUCGAAUACUUCCCAAGACGUGACUAUUUGCCGCAGUACAGCCGAAUCGGCAGCUAUCAACGUUAUAAAUAAUCACAAGACUAAGACCGACGAAGUACACCACGAUAAUUUACCAAACAGGUCCGAAUUACCUCGAAAUACGUCUUCAGCCAGUUGUAGUAAUAAUCAGAACACCGAUGAUUGUCGUUUAGUUAAAUUCAGAACAUUACUGCAGACAAACGUGUUGAAAUUAGACGAACUGAAGAAAUUGAGCUGGUCGGGAGUUCCGAAUGAGAUUCGCGCCGAUACGUGGAGGCUGCUAGCAGGAUACUUACCUGCUAAUGUCGAACGUCGCAAAGAAGUACUGGAACGUAAACGACUCGAUUAUUUGAAUUUAGUUCAACAAUAUUAUCACACCGAUAGAGAUGAAACGUUUCAAGACACUUAUCGUCAAAUCCAUAUCGAUAUCCCCCGUAUGAGUCCGUUGAUGACUUUAUUUCAACAAAAAACAGUUCAAGAGAUGUUCGAAAGAAUAUUAUUUAUAUGGGCGAUUAGACAUCCGGCAUCCGGUUAUGUCCAAGGAAUUAACGAUCUGGUUACUCCGUUUUUCGUUGUUUUUCUACAAGAAAUUCUUACCAAUAACGAAGAUUUGAACACGGUCGAUAUUAGCCUUAUACCUAGCGUCGUUCGAAACAGCGUCGAAGCCGAUUCGUUUUGGUGCCUUUCGAAAUUUUUGGAUAGUAUUCAAGAUAACUAUAUUUUUGCUCAGCUCGGCAUUCAACACAAAGUCAACCAAUUGAAAGAACUUAUCCAAAGGAUCGAUGUAAAUUUGCACAAACAUUUAGUAAAACACGGUAUCGAUUAUUUACAAUUUUCUUUUCGUUGGAUGAAUAAUUUAUUAACCAGAGAAUUGCCUUUACGUUGUUCUAUACGUCUAUGGGAUACAUACCUAGCUGAAUCCGAUACGUUCGCUUCGUUCCAGCUGUACGUUUGUGCUGCAUUUCUCCUUCAUUGGCGCGAAGAAUUGCUCGCCGAAAAAGAUUUUCAAGGAUUAAUGAUCAUGUUGCAAAAUUUACCCACUCAAAAUUGGAAAGAUUCGGAUAUUAGUUUAUUAGUCGCUGAGGCCUACAGAUUGAAAUUUAUUUUUGCCGAUGCUCCUAACCAUUUGCAAACUAAUUCUAGGUGAUCGUUGUACGAGAGUUAACUUCCUUUUUUUCAAUUAAUAUUUUUACGUGUACAUUAUUCUUGUUUUUCUAUUCGAAAUAAUAACUUAUACGCGAAUAAGUUGAUUGUGAUAAUGCUUAAUUUGCUUUCAAAAUGAGAUUUACAAAAAUUGGAAAUUCAAUUUCAAAUUUUAGAAAGGUUGUAAUUCGGUGAUAAUCUCUAAUUCAAGGUUGUGUGGGGUAAAAUAUCUCUAAUGAUUUGUAAACAACGAAACGAAAAUCAAGAAAAAAGAAAACGAAUUUUUAAUUCACGAUAACAUAAUAAUUUCUACGCGUUGUCAGUUUUCUCGUAAAAUUAAGCAUAUUUUUCAUUAUUAUUAUUUUUUUGCCAUAUUCAUUGAAAAUAUCCUGUUGUAUUGUUGAUUUUUUUUUUUUGUUUUUGUACAUUUUUUUAACGUUCCAUACGCGUUUUAUAUCGAAUUUUCAUUAUUUAUAUUCAAUUUACGAUGUAUUUUCUACUCGUACGUAUGCUUUACUUAAGUGAGCUGUUUUCAAGUGUUCGCUUCGAGCUUUAUUAUUGCUGCAAAAUACCUACCUACCGAAAAACCGAUUCAAACAUUACAAAUACGCGAAUUUAAUGAGUUUUUUACAUUUUUAAACCAAUAUUUCUGAAAUAUUUUUGCUUGAGCUGUUUCAGUUUUUCUUGUAUAUUUUAUAUUUGUUUUUUGUUUUGUUUUCAUUUGUUAAUAUUAUUCUUUUUUGUUUGAAAAACUGUAUUCUUUCGGUACAGAACUUUCAUUUCCUAUGCUUUCCAAGGUAUCAUGUUUAACAAAAUGUAUGUUUCAUCUUUACGCAAUGACAAUACGUUAACAUAUCACUAUUACGAAAGUUGUAACUUUUUUUUGGAAAAGUAAUACUGCAACUGUGGGUUUCACUUUGAUAAAUUUGUAUUUACCUAGUCCAAAAGAAUUAAGUUGUCGUGGCACCCAUUUCGGCUCCAGGUUUAUUCACCUGUGUGUCGAAAAUAUAACUGUGUUGUGUAUUUUCAAGUAAUUCAUUGAUAUUAGGACCAAAUAUUUUUAUUUCAGUAAUGUUGUACUUGUAUAGUAUGUAAGUAUAAUGUAUAUCCUACGUGGCAUUAUAAAAAUUAUAUUCAAAUAGAGUACGUAAUGUUAGUGAUA